CACCAUAAUUUUAAUAAAUUAGCAUGACUUUGUUACAACUCGGAAUAAGUAAGUAGUAGCAGUAGUAUUUUCCCGAAACAAAAUUGUUCAGGCUACGGAUGUCACGUGAUAUACGGGCUCUCGGACUCUUAACCGACACAAUUUGUCGGUUUAGGCACAUAGUGUCCUCUAUCAACACAUGCGACCGUUUGAAAACGGCGACACGCACCGAUUCGCCCUCUACAAAAGCAAAAAUUGGUCCACAAUUCUCGACUCACAAUCGAUUUUCUCAUUAGUCUUCCCAAUUCAACAAACUUAGGGCUUUUUCUCCUACAAUGGAGGUAACAAAGGAAUCCGAGAGUUUGCUCGACAAAAUCCGACCUCCUCGUCUCGAAGACGCAGGCCUCGAAGAUUGUGCACUGCCACCCGAAUCAAUCAAAGAAGCAUUUCUUAAAGCCGCCACUGCCGUACGAUCUAUAAUUUCAGCGUCGGACGACGAAGACGAAUCCGAAGGGCAGUGUGUGCAGACUCCAUCCUCAAUCGAGGAUUCUAAGGAUGCUCUUAUAGGGAUCACUGAGGGUAUUGAGGAAAAUCCAGGAAAAUGCAUUACUGAGAAGAGCAGCGGCGGUCAAGUGCCGGAGGGGACGACUGAUGUGGUAGUUGUAGACGGUGCUAAGGAGGAGGAGAACACCGGAGAUUUGGUCGGUGAGCCAUCUCUGCCGGAAGGCGGUGAAUCGUGUGUGGAUGGGUUGCAGGGGUUGGAGAUUGGAAGCAAAGGCGGAAAGAAAAAGGAAGUGAAAGAGGAGGAGGAAGACGAAGGAAGUGAGAAGCCGACUCUAGUUGAAGGUUAUGUUGUAUGAAUGUAUUAAUUGUACGAGAUAACUCUAAUUUUGUGUAAAUUUCAUGAAUAAUUUAGUACUAGUAGUACUAGAUAGUACUAUGUAAAAGUUUGUGUAUCUAACGCUAAAAAUGAUGAAUUUAUGUAAUCAUGUGCCCCUUUUUACUCUAUUUUUCGAAGG